AUGACUUUGCCCCCUCCAAGCAUGUCCCUCUUUUCCCCAAGCCAGGUGGCCCGUGUUUGCGAAGCCUUGCAAGAGAGUGGGGAGUUUGAGCGCCUCGCCCGUUUCUUGUGGUCCCUUCCGCCAUCACUCUCCACCCUCCAGCACCACGAAGGCCUCAACUGUACCCACUCCACCUGUCAGGACUCGGAGUCGCUUGGCAACCUGUUGCCGACAGCCACUUGGCUAGCACCCUACCGCAGCCAGGCCUCUGCCUUUCACCUGGAACCUUUUGGGACCCUCAGGCCUGGAGACAGAUUUUUGGGACCCGUGGUUGACCGGUCUCCUUCCCGCAAGAAACUGCCUUCUCUGCUGAGGGAUUCUGUCCAAGACAGGGAACAGAAAGUAAAUGGCUUCAAGGAAAGGACACGGAAUCUACUGAGGGAAUGGUAUCUCCAAGACCCGUACCCUAACCCGUCCCGUAAAAGGCAUCUGGCCCAGGCUACGGGGCUUACCCCCACGCAGGUGGGAAACUGGUUUAAAAACCGACGGCAAAGGGAUCGUGCUGCAUCAGCCAAGAACAGGCUUCAAAAAGAGCCACCCACCCAGCACAACGACUCUACACACCCUCCGAGAAACGAGAGCCCACCUAGUGCCCCCUGCCAGCCGAAAGACAGCAGUUCAUCCACCGAACAGGAUUAUCCCACCGCACCCACCAGUGACAAGAACAGCCAUGGAGGACUGAAGAGCUGGGAUGACUAG